AUGAAAAUCCCAUUCCUCAGCAAGCUCCGCGGUGGAGGGACAGGGACCAAGUCCCCACCAUUGACGGACUUGUCAGGGGAGUCAGCGAUAGCGGAUCGCGAGAAGAGAGGCAGCAACCUGGAUGAGUCGCGUGUGCCAUGGGUGACAUGGAGGUCUGUGUUGCUAGGCGCGUUUGUUUCGAUUGGUGGUGUCAUUUUUGGAUAUGAUACUGGCCAGAUCUCGGGCUUUUUGGAGAUGCGUAACUUCAAGCAGCGGUUUGCACAGCUGAAGCCUGAUGGGACGUAUAAGUUUAACAAUGUCCGGUCUGGAUUGAUUGUUUCCAUGCUCUCCAUCGGUACAUUGAUAGGAGCUCUCAUUGCCGGACCAUUGACCGACCGCAUUGGCCGAAAAUGGUCCAUCUUCUUCUGGUGCAUUAUCCUCCAUGUCGGAUUGGUCAUUCAGAUCUCCUCACCAGCAGGAAAAUGGUACCAGUUCAUGAUGGGACGAUUCGUAACUGGAUUCGGCGUGGGAGCCUGCUCGCUGCUGGUGCCCAUGUACCAGGGUGAGAUUGCACCACGACACAUCCGAGGAGCGAUGGUGUGCUCCUACCAAUUAUUCGUAACACUAGGCAUCUUCAUUGCAUACUGCAUCAACUUCGGCACAGAGAGUAUGGACAACACCGCAUCAUGGCGAAUCCCACUCGGUAUCACAUUUCUGUGGGGUCUCGUCCUUGGAAUCGGCAUCCUCUUCUUCCCGGAGAGUCCUCGCUUCGACUACCGGAAUGGCCGUGUGGACCGCGCCCAACGCACCAUGUCGAAGCUGUACGGCAUAUCCGAGAACCACCGGGUGAUCGUACAUGAGAUUGCUGAGAUCCAGGAACAGCUGGAUGCCGAGAAGGGGUCACGAGGCGGGAUCCGCGGUUGGCUUGAGAUGUUCCAGGCGCCGCGCAUGGCGUACCGCAUCGUACUUGGCGUUGUGCUUCAAGCUCUGCAGCAGCUUACCGGUGCCAACUACUUCUUCUACUACGGAACGGUGAUCUUCAACGGGGCAGGGAUCGACAACACAUACGUGACGCAGAUGAUCCUGGGCGGAGUGAACUUCGGUACCACAUUCGGCGGACUAUACGUGAUCGAGCACUUCGGAAGACGCAAGUCUCUGAUCGCAGGUGGCAUCUGGAUGUUCAUCUGCUUUAUGGUAUUUGCAUCUGUGGGCCACUUCUCGCUUGACGUUCACACUCCGCGUAACACGCCCGAAGCAGGCAAAGCGAUGGUUGUAUUUGCGUGUCUGUUCAUCACCGGGUUUGCCAUGACGUGGGGCCCUAUGGUAUGGGCGAUUGUGGCCGAGCUGUACCCAUCGCGAUACCGUGCGCGGGCUAUGGCGAUGGCGACGGCGUCGAACUGGCUGUGGAAUUUCCUGAUUGGAUUCUUCACACCUUUCAUCACUGGCGAUAUUGACUUUGCGUAUGGGUAUGUGUUUGCCGGGUGUCUGUUCUUCGCGGUGAUCAUUGUUUACUUCUUUGUUAUAGAGGGCAAGGAUAAGACGCUCGAGGAGAUGGAUAUGAUGUAUGUUAUGCGUGUGCCGCCGUGGAAGAGCAGCAAGUGGAUACCACCAGAGCCCGAGAAUCGGCUCACAACUGAUCAGCUUAUGGAUCGGAAGGUUGCGAAGAAGUAUACCAAGGAAGAGGAGGGUGCGGAGAGCAGGAAGCAGAGGGAGGGGGUGCCUGGACAUUCACAUGCUGAGACUGCGAAUGAUGCUGGGACUGGACCUUCGAAUUUCUCUUGA